AUUUAGCUAACCCGUAAUAGGAACCAAAAAAAAACCUUUGCCUAACUGGUCUUGGUUUGCUAAACGGCUCAACUUCUAGUCACCAUUCUCAUUAUUUGCUAAACAGAAAUCUUUCUCUUGCCUUUCGUAAUUCUAUAAAUAUGGUGUCUGCUGUUAGAGACUUUUCCGGUCGAAUGAUUUUGCCGUUGCUGGCAUUGGGAGGAAUUGCUUUUGGGUUAAAGUAUUAUGGGUUUUGGGGGAAAAGACCAGCAAGGAAAGUUGUAAUGUUAAUGGAAAAAGAAAAAGACAACAAUUCAACUGAUCAGGUUCAUGAUGCAAAGGAGGAUUACUUCAGUCAGCUACCAGACGAUAUUUUGCCUUCCAUUCUCGCACAUUUGCCGAUACACGAUGCUGUUAGGACGAGCGUUUUAUCUAGAAGGUGGAAAUAUCUCUUCGCUUCUAUGCCUAGAUUAAACCUCAGAUGCCUUGACAUGUCGGGGGUCUACUCUGCCAAUCACAGUUGUUGCCCUUGCUGUCAACAGAAAUUCUUGAAAGGAGUAAAUAAGAUAUUACAACUUUAUUCAGGUCGUACAGUGGCUCAUAUUGAGAUGGUCUUUUGCUAUGGAAGAAAGCUUCCUACUGAAUUGGACCAAUUGAUGUGUUCUAUUUCAAGACUAGGUGUCGAAAGAUUACGUCUUACCUUUCAUUCUUACAAUAAGUCGAUACCGUUUAUAUUUUCUUUGGAGCUUCUCUCUCAAACAUCCUCAUUGAAACAUUUGUUUUUAAACAAUUGCAUUGUGCAACCAAGCAUCAAAGUCAACUUCCUCCGGACCCUUACUUUGGAGCGUGUAUUUUUACCAAAGGAACGAUUUGAGGCUAUUUUAUCCUCUUGUUUGAACCUUGAGCAGUUAACGCUUAAAUUUUGUAGUCUUCCUGGUAAAAUAUGCGUCUCCGGUGCAAUAAAAUCUCUUGUUUUUUUCAAUUGUGGAGUAAAAGAAAUUGAUCUUCAGGCUAGAAAUCUUUGUAUGUUUAAGUGUAUCGGUUUUGGAAAAGUAAGGUUUUAUUUCUCUUUUGUUCCCGCAUUGGCAUAUGUAAUGAUUGAUCUUCGUCAAACCGAGUCAAUGCCAUACAUAUUUGGUGAUUUUGCAAGAGAUUUACCUGCGCAGAUUGAAAUUUUAAAGGCCGGAAUUGGUCCUCUUGAGGUAAAAUACUUUCAAAGAGAGACGGAGAUCUUCAGAAACCUUAGGACGCUACAUUUGGUGCUUGUGGACACUAACGACUUUGAUAUAGUCAAAAUUUCCCCUAUAUUGCGCUUCUGUCCUCUUCUUCAAUAUUUGAUUUUAGACAUAAAGAUGACAAGAUGCAGUGCAGAUAUACCUGAUUCGCCUCUUAUUAUAUCACCUACAUGUCACACUGAGCUAAAAGAAGCGGGGUUUCGUGGAUUUCAUGGAACAACUGCAGAGAUUGAAUUUGCUUUAUACAUUCUGAGAAGUGCCAUGGUACUUGAGCGAUUGAUUCUCAGCCAACGGGUUAGGUGUUAUUCUGGUUUUGGCAAAUGGGAGAACACGUUUGUUUCGUUUGAUGAAACAAGACAGAGCUCUAUCCAACGACAACUACAUGGACAAGCUAUCUCUACGAAAGCUGUGGUGGCUUUCGUUUGAAUUUGCUUUCUACUUUCUGUAUUAUUGGGACUUGCCCUUUCCUUUCUUUGUUCUUGAUUAGAUGAGUCGGUUCAGUUAGUUUUACGUCAGUAAGUCUUUUAUUCGUAAA